AUGGGCGUGCAGGGGUGCGGGGUCCGGGCUGGGCGGGCAAAGGGGAGCGGGACCUCGCUGCAGGGGCAGAGUGCGGGGUCCUGGCGGGGUGGGGAGGCUCACGCUGCCGUCUGGUAUUUUGGGGAAGAAAAGGCAAGUUUGAGUGAACUCUGCACACUUCAUGCAGAUUCAAUCCUGAGGAAUAUAGAGGAGUACAGCCUUGUCAUCCCCACAAGCACCGAUUCAGAGGGCAGGUUCCUAUCCCACUUGGUGUCUGGACCGCCAAAAGCACGCUUCAGGAGAGCUGUGGAGGACUUGCAACAUGAAGCAGCAAAUGAGCAGAUAUUUUACAAUGUCACUGUUUUUGGAAGAGAGUUUCACUUCAGGUUGCGGCCAAACUCCAGGCUCGUGGCCCCUGGAGCAACAGUUGAGUGGCAGGAGGACUCUGAGGAGACUCAUAUUGAACCUCUCUAUGGGAAUUGCCUCUAUGUUGGGGAUAUCACUGAUCUGCCAAACGCUUCUGUUGCUAUCAGCAAUUGCGAUGGACUGGCUGGCAUGAUCCGCACGGACAAGGACGAGUUCUUCAUCGAGCCUCUGGAGAGGGGAGCCCAGGAGGAGGAGGAGGAGGGAGGCAGAACACACGUGGUCUAUCGCAGGGCAGCUGCCAGGAAGCAGCUUCCUGGUGAGGAUGUGGAUACCGUGUACAGAGGCUCCAACCUCACUGUCCUGGACCCUCUGGGCAGCGCUGUGGGCCUGGCUGAGGAGCAGGUGCAGGGCUGGAGGCAGCGCCGCCGCCGGCACGCCACGGAGGACGACUACAACAUCGAGGUGCUCCUGGGCGUGGAUGACUCAGUGGUGCAGUUCCAUGGGAAAGAACACGUUCAGAAGUACCUGCUGACCUUGAUGAACAUUGUUAAUGAAAUUUAUCAUGAUGAGUCCCUGGGUGCUCACAUUAACGUUGUCUUGGUGAGGAUAAUCCUGCUGAGCUACGGCAAGUCCAUGAGUCUGAUAGAGAUUGGGAACCCCUCCCAGAGCCUGGAGAACGUGUGUCGCUGGGCCUACCUGCAGCAGAAACCUGACACGGGGCAUGCCGAGUACCACGACCAUGCCAUCUUCCUCACCAGGCAGGAUUUUGGUCCAUCAGGCAUGCAAGGCUAUGCCCCCGUCACUGGGAUGUGCCAUCCCGUCCGGAGCUGCACUCUCAACCAUGAAGAUGGGUUUUCAUCUGCAUUUGUGGUGGCUCAUGAAACUGGACAUGUUUUAGGAAUGGAGCACGACGGCCAAGGGAACCGCUGCGGGGACGAGGUCCGGCUGGGAAGCAUCAUGGCCCCCCUGGUGCAGGCAGCCUUCCACCGCUUCCACUGGUCCCGCUGCAGCCAGCAGGAGCUGAACCGCUACCUCCACUCCUACGAUUGUCUGCGGGAUGAUCCCUUCGAACACGACUGGCCCUCCCUUCCACAGCUGCCAGGGAUUCACUACUCCAUGAAUGAGCAGUGCCGCUUUGACUUCGGGCUGGGAUACAUGAUGUGCACAGCUUUCCGUACAUUUGAUCCCUGCAAGCAGCUGUGGUGCAGCCACCCCGAGAACCCCUAUUUCUGCAAAACCAAGAAAGGGCCUCCGCUGGACGGGACCAUGUGUGCACCAGGGAAGCACUGCUUUAAAGGUCACUGCAUCUGGCUCACACCAGACAUCCUGAAGCAGGAUGGGCACUGGGGGGCUUGGAGCAAGUUUGGCUCUUGCUCCCGCACGUGUGGCACCGGGGUGAAGUACAGGACCCGGCAGUGUGACAACCCACAUCCUGCCAACGGAGGCCGCACGUGUGUGGGGCCGAGUUAUGAAUUCCAGCUGUGCAACACCCAGGAGUGUCCCAAGGACUUUGAGGACUUCAGAGAGGAGCAGUGCCGGCAGUGGGACCCCUACUUUGAGUACCAGAACACCAAACACCACUGGCUGCCCUAUGAACAUGUUGAUGCCAAGGAGAGGUGCCACCUGUACUGCGAAUCCAAGGAGACAGGGGAUGUGGUGUACAUGAAGCGGAUGGUGCACGACGGGACCCGCUGCUCCUACAAGGAUGCUUACAGCAUCUGUGUGAGGGGAGACUGCCUGAAAGUUGGGUGUGACAGGGUCAUAGGUUCCACAAAGCAGGAAGAUAAGUGUGGUGUCUGUGGAGGAGAUAAUUCCCACUGCAAAGUGGUGAAAAGAACAUUUUCAAGAAUACCAAAAAAGCAAGGGUACGUUAAGAUGUUUGAAAUUCCUGCUGGUGCAAGACAUUUACUUAUACAGGAAACAGAUGCCACCACUCAUCAUCUUGCCAUUAAAAAUCGUGAAACAGGGAAAUUCAUUCUAAGUGAGGACAACUAUGUGCCAGACUCCAAGGUCUUCAUUGACAUGGGUGUGGAGUGGGAAUAUCGGAAUGACGACGACAGAGAGACAGUGCAGACCAUGGGGCCGCUGCGGCACGGGAUCAUCAUCCUGGUGAUUCCUCAUGGUGGUGCCAAGAUAUCUUUGACUUACAAGUACAUGAUCCAUGAAGAUUCCUUGAAUGUAGAUAACAAUAAUGUUUUGGAAGAGGACUCACUGUCAUAUGAAUGGGCUUUGAAGAAGUGGUCCCAGUGUUCAAAACCUUGUGGAGGAGGCUACCAGUUCACCAAGUACGGCUGCCGCAGGAAGACCGACCACAAGAUGGUUCACCGCAGCUACUGCGAGCUCAUCCAGAAGCCCAAGCCCAUCCGCAGGGUGUGCAACCUCCAGGAGUGCUCCCAGCCCAUCUGGGUUACAGGGGAGUGGGAGCCUUGCAGCAAAUCCUGUGGGAAGACAGGGUACCAGGUGCGGUCUGUGCGCUGCAUCCAGCCCCUGCACGACAACACCAACCGCUCUGUGCACACCAAGUACUGCAACAACGACCGCCCCGAGGGCAGGAGGCCCUGCAACCGGGAGCUGUGCCCAGCACAGUGGAGAAUUGGACCCUGGUCACAGUGCUCUGUCAGCUGUGGCAAUGGCACCCAGGAUCGCCCAGUGCUGUGCCGCACCAGGGACAAUGUCAUCGGCCUGUGCAAGGACAGCAAACCAGAGAGCGUCAGGAUCUGCAGACUACCUCCCUGUCCCAGAAACGUUUCUGAUCCUUCAAAGAAAACCUACAUGAUACAAUGGCUGUCAAGACCUGAUCCAGACUACCCCAUCCAGAAAAUAUCUUCAAGUAAAAGACCCAUUUAUAACUCUGCCUUUGCCCUUAAAUGCAUGCCACAUCGAGUGUGGACUUUGCCUUUUGCUCUCUUCUUCUCUCUAUGCGGAAAGUUCCCUUGACUUUGCCAAGUUUAAAUCUUGGGCUGAAUCUGUUUUUUCACACCAGGCACUCGGUGCUCGGUGUCUUUCUUCUCUGGAGCUUGCGUAGCACUGGUGGUGGAGGUCUUGAAGUGUUGGAUGUGUGAAGUUGGAUCUCCACAGUAUGUUGCAGUCCUCUGAAAGGGAGCUGGGAUCGGUUUGCUUGUUGCUUGGUGGUGGUGAAAAAAGGCUCUUACUGGUUCCUGAUGUUCAGUUUGAUAGCAAAACUGAGAACUUAUUGUGAAUGUGAUCACAUCACAAUAAUGACAUCUUGUAGUGCUAAAGUUCUCCUUUAUCUAAAAACCCGAAAUCUCGUAACUCUCUGGUUUCAGUUCGCUGACAGGGUAGUCUGAUGAGUGGAAGAAUUUUUUCAUUCCAUUUUCCUUUGUGGUGCUCUUGCUUUCCUCACCCUUGCUGCUCAUUUUUUUAUUCCUGACCCUCACCUUUAUGUUUGUGACCCGUGGAGGGCUCACUGGGAAGCAGAAGCUGAGUUUCUGUUGGUUCUUUCCCUGCUGCUCUGAUGCCAUUGCUCUGACCACACUCCUGGUGGUCGUUUGGAGGGUUUUUCUUCGAGAAAAGCUGCGUUCAUUUUUUCCAUCGCACAAUUUUUGCCAGUUUUGCUCAUUUUCACUUCAGAAACAAACCCAAAGCAGAGCAGGCAUGGUCCAUGAUGAAGGUGGCGUGGUGGUGUUUUCCUUGACGUGGCGGAGGCAAUACGAUGUUUUCAUUGACUACGAUGUCUCCAGCUGCUCAGCAUGGAGCUGUUUAUACUCAUUACAUCUCUGGUCUUUUUUCACCAUGUGCAUGUCUGACUUGACUGGUAUGGUUGUGUGUGUGUGUGUGUGCGUGUGCGUGUGUGUGCUCUUAGAUGUGUCAACUGGCAAACAUAACAGUGUGAACUACUACAGAAUUACCUCAAUUUUUAUUGCUUUUUUUGCUUAGGAGAUGAAUUUUAGAAAAAUGCCUUAAUGUUGAAAUGUAAAUGGCAUUAAUUUACCAGAUCCAGCUUUAAAUAUGAACGGUACACUGGUACCUUGAGUUAAUGUUCAUAUGGAGUGUUUUUACUUGAACGAUAACUAUUGGAAGGUGGUAAAUUAAAUUGGAGGUUGAUUUGCACAGUGCAUACCCAUAUCUUCAUGGAGACAGGAUUGUGGCCUGACUUACUGAGAUUUAACUGGCAUUCGUGCUUCACCUUCCGUGUUUGUGUUGAAGAUUUGGAAUUCACAAGUCAUAAACUUCUUUGUGACAGUCAGUACCAAUAGUAGAAAUGUAAAACUGCAGUCUUGGAGCAAAUUACUACCUUAUUGCUUUGAUAAUAUUUUUUGGAAAAGUGGCAUUUUUGAAUCUUUGGGUCGUCAACAGUGUAGCACUUCAAACUUGUCAUUAUCAUGUGAUCACAUAUUUAAAUUUUGCUGUUAAUAUUUCCUGAAACAUGUUAACAAUUUACAUGACAAGGUGAAAAAGCAAAGACACGUAUCUGGCACUGAAUACUGUUAUGUAAAAUAAUCGGUGUUUAACUGUAUAAAUAUAUUCAUGACUGUUACCUUUAAAUAGACAAUGUUUAGUGAUGUUUCAAGAGAUGGGUGGCUAUAGAGAAUGGUGCAAUAAGGUAUCUGGGCAUUGUGCACUAUGUCUAUAUGCACUUUGGUUUAUCAGGGAUAUUUUAUUAGUGUUUUGUAUGUAUUUAACAUAAUAUUAAAGAUGUGCCAAUUCAGUUUGCUUUUCAAUAUUUUUUUAUGAGACUAAUGUGUACCAAAGUGACUGUGAAACUGAUUUAUUUUUUUCUUACUGAUGUUUUGAAUAU